GGCUGGGACUGUCUGAGGGAGGACUGUGACAGCCGCUAGGCUCCAGGAGCCCGAGUGUGGUGGGGAGAAGUGUGAUGAUGGGUGACUCAACAGUUCCUAAGCACCAUUCGUGAGGGGCGCGGGAGAGGCAGGGAUCUGGGCACUGCUGUGGUGAGUGAACAAGAGGGGCAGUGAGAUGGCCGUGGGAUCUUACGAGGGUUGCUCGGACUGGUCUCCCUGUUGCUAUUCCCAUCACUCACGGGUGAACAGACGCCAAGGAUCUCACCUGAUUCCCUGUUUGGAAAACUACCCAACCGAAAACGGCUGUGGGAAACCCUAGCAUAUGGCAAACCCCUGAAAUGCUGGUGGAGAUUGAGACGGCAUGGUCACUUUCUGGCUACUUGCUUGUGUGCUUCUCCGCAGGAUACUUCAUCCACGACACGGUGGACAUCGUGCUUAGUAAACAGACUAGAGCCUCUUGGGAAUACCUUGUUCAUCAUGUCAUGGCUAUGGGUGCCUUCUUCUCUGGUAUCUUUUGGAAAAGCUUUGUUGGUGGGGGCGUCUUAACACUCCUGGUGGAGGUCAGCAACAUCUUCCUCACACUGAGGAUGAUGAUGAAGAUAAACAACGCACAGCAUCUCCUCCUGUACCGCAUCAACAAGUAUGUCAACCUGGUCAUGUACUUUCUCUUCCGCCUGGCCCCACAAGUCUACCUCACCAAGUUCUUCCUGCAGUAUGCUGGCGAGAGGACCCUGGGAACAUUUCUGUUGGUCAUCUUGCUCAUGCUGGACUUGAUGAUCCUCAUCUACUUUUCCCGCCUCCUUCGCUCGGAUUUCUGCCCUGAACGUGCUCCCAGCCGCCAACACAAAGACAAAUUCUUGACUGAGUGAGAAAGGAUAACCCAGGACAUGUGGCAGGGACAGCAGCAAGCACAGCCAACAGCUUUGUAACAAACUAGGACUCUCUCUGCCUCAAGCCUGGGUGUAUUCUAGGACAGCUUUUCCACCUUAAGCCUACACCCACACUAUUGAAAACACUAAUGAAAGCUCU